AUGUUGCCUUAUGAAGAAAAGUAUUCACCACUUGAGAAGAUAUGUGUAGCACUUGUAUGGGCAACCCGCAAACUCAGACAUUAUAUGCUUGCUUACAAGGUCUUGUUGAUUGCAAGAAUGGACCCAUUGAAAUAUCUACUGGAGAAGCCUUUGCAAGAUGGGAAGACAACUAAAUGGGUUUUACUUUUAUCAAAACUUGAUAUUAAAUAUGUGACUCAGAAGUCUGUAAAAGGGAAAGCAAUUGUCGACCACUUAGCCCAUUGUUCACCAAAAGAAGCUGAAGAAAUCAAAGGGGACUUUCUAGAUAAAGAUAUUAUGGUGAUCGAGGUGGAAUCAGGGAAGAUGUAUUUUGAUGGAGCAACUAAUCAAAAUGGAAGUAGCAUUGGAGUUCUCUUAAUUUCUCCAAAAGGGACACACAUCCCAUUUUCUGGUAGGCUCAACUUUCCUGCCACCAACAAUGCCACUAAAUAUGAAGCUUGCAUUAUGGGGUUACGAGCAGCCCUAAGUCUUGGAGUGAAAGAGUUGGAAGUAUAUGGUGACUUUGCCUUGAUAAUCUCUCAGAUUCAGAAUAAAUGGAAGAUCAAGGAAGAAAGGCUAAUGCCUUAUCAUGAAUGUCUUCAAAAGUGGGCCUCGAAAUUCAGCAAGAUUCAAUAUCAAUAUGUGCCAAGAAUGCAAAAUCAGAUUGUAGAUACUUUAGCAACAAUGGCAUCCAUGAUGGAUGGGCCAAAGGAAGAUAAAGCUAGACCAAUAGUGGUGGAACAGAAAGAAGAGCCAGCUUAUUGCCUGACAAUAGAAGAAGAUGAGGAAAAGAAUGGAGAAGAGGAAUGGUAUUCAGAUAUCCUACGGUACCUAAAGGAUGGGACAUACCCAAAGUCUGUAGACAAGAAUGACCAAUUGACUAUCAGGAAGUUGUCCACUAAUGAUAUUAUUUGUGGCGAAAAGCUUUACAGAAGAUCAUAUGAUGGAAUUCAUCUCUUUUGUGUGACCUCCAAGGAAGCACAACAAAUAAUUGAAGAGGUUCAUAAGUCAAGUUAUAGGCCACAUAUGAAUGCACACAUGCGGUCACGGAAGAUAAUGAGACAAGGUUAUUAUUGGACUACUAUGGAAGCCGACUGUGCAGCUUAUGUUUGA